AUGCAAGUUUCAGCAAGUACAAGAAACCAGGCGACUGCCUUUCCGCCAUUCGCUCCUGGAGUUGCGUUCCCUUCCGUUUACGAGCGCGCAGGGUUCGACGUGAAUAAGUCUCACUACGCCCACGGAAACGGAUCCCAAACAAGUAUAAGGUCUGGCAGGUCAGGUCGAUCUCAAGCGACGUCUGUUUCUGGACGUACAGCAUCUCCAGCACCGUCACAACUUUACGCGCGAACUGCUCCUGAAGUGACUCCAAUCGCACCCACCGCCCAUCCCGCGACCACCCCUCUCCAAGCCGCUGCUGGCAGUGGUGGUUCGAUCGCGUCCCAGGGCAAGGGUCCAGCACUGUGCAUCUCGACCACAAACGAGCCUAGACCAACAGUGAGCGUCUCUCCAAGACUUUCAAACACUCGAUACCCUUUCUAUCACAAAAAAGAACAAACUAGUGGAUCUGGUAACCAGCAGCUGGCCAGCCCUGUCACACCUAUCCGUGAGAAUAUCUACACAGCGCCAGCUGACACUGCACCGGCAGCAUUACCAAGCGCCCUACAGUUCACCCCACCACCUAAAGCGGAAGCUAGAGAAAAUUUCCCAGCUGAGGCUUCAACUGCUUCAGAUUAUCCAACUGAAGCAAUGUCCCCUCCUCAUAGCCGUCAAGGAUCUGCUGACACAGACAUUAGCAUGGUUAGUGCUUUAACUGCAUCAAGCCAUGCCAACAGCCAGAGCGAAACUUCUACGCAUCACAACAGCAGCUACACCGAUGCUACAUCGUGGGACUCGGAGGAACCCGGUGAUGUUUCUCAAAUGAGCUUCAAGCAAAACUUGCUGGUUCCCCAGCACCUUGAUAAUCGUUUAUCAACCACAUCAUCAAUUUACUCAAUAAACCCCACCAUGGACCACAUUCCGGAUAAACGGUAUCCUGUCAUACCUGACACAGCUUCACUGGAAUCACCGGUCGUUGGUCUGGGCGUACACGGAAUCGAGUUUCCGAACCCCGGACGUUCUUCAGAGGUGAUUUCUCCCGGUCCAACCAGCUCUCAUAGUGAGGCGGCACGAAAAUUCCUUAUGACAACACCUCCGCUCGAAAUUCACAGGCAGAGCUCGCCGCAAACAUUUGGUACACAUCCUAGCAGAGGUCGCUCUAUGCAGUCGGGCACGAGCGCAAACAGCUCUGCAACCGACAGCACGGCCGCAGCUUCUAGCUCCCAGAAAUCUGCCAAAAUUUGCCGAGGCUGCUCCGGUGUUAUCUCAAAGAAAGGAAUUCGUUCCAGAGAGGGAAAUUUGAGCGGCCGCUGGCACAAAGAGUGCUUCAAAUGUGUCUCCUGCGAGCAUCCCCUGGAUUCCGAAGUAUACGUGUAUGAUGAUGCUCCUCACUGUGGCGAGUGCUACCACCGCGCUAGCAAUUCAACUUGCCGUGGCUGCGGAAAGGGCGUGGAAGGCCAAUGCAUGGAGACAAGGGCAGAAAACAGCAACUUUGGCACCCACGCUAUACGUUAUCAUAAUGAGUGCCUUCGUUGCGUCGAUUGCCAGUGUUUACUACAUGACAGUUACUAUGUCGUCGACGGCGGUAACUACUGUUACUCCCAUGCUAUUGAGGCUCAGCCGGUGAGUGACGAGCGCCUGGAGCGUCGUUAUACUCGGUUCGCUAUGAUUUAA